CAAGACCUGUGCAUCGAGUCUUCAAGGCAGGACGAAACGACUUAAGAAUUUUUUCAUUUCAACUAGGGUUACGUUUUUACUUCUGCCACUUCAAAAGCGUGUCUUCAGACAUGAUUGCGAGACUGAUACUCGUAUGCGUGACACUUCUCUUUGUGUGCAGAACGUACGUCGGCUUCGCUGACCUACUAGAAUCACCAGAAUGCAAACUAGUGAAGACGUCCGUUUAUAGCUGCGCAGCGAAGUAUAAGACAGCGAACUUUACUCCAACCCUACCAGAGGAGUUUUUCCGACGGGCCUCAAGCAAAGUGUUCAUUGAGCCGACUACAAAAUGCAUCGAGGCAAGCGUCCCUGUCAACGAGACAGUACUUGGGUGCACAAGCAAUAUUGCGAUGACUAUCGCGGCGCACUGCAUUAGGGCGGAAAUGUUCAACAUGGUGCCUUUAAAGUGGAAGCACGCAGUGCUGGUGUUCCUCGAUUAUCUUGUGAUGUGUAUGGCGGAGGAAUUGCAACAGCCACUAGCGCUCUUGCGAAGUGCUGUUGAAAGCACUAGGUGAGCCGAGAGCGAAGAGAUCCCUCGCAAACCGUACGCCGUGUCAAGGAAUGCAGUGAACUCGAGAUUGGACGCAUAUUGGAGAUUGUGACUGGAAGUGGCCACCGCCGAUCUUACAGCGAUUCCCUAAUAAA